CAUUUAUCACCCGCUCAUUUCAGGCUCGCAAUGGCUCCUGUGGAAACGGAAUAUUACGACCUGCUUGGGGUGUCCCCUGAUGCCAAUGACGCAGAUUUGAAGAAGGCAUAUCGCAAACAAGCCAUCAAGUAUCACCCAGACAAGAACCCGUCUCCAGAUGCAGAGGAGAAGUUCAAGGACAUCAGCAAAGCCUAUCAAGUGCUGUCAGAUUCUAAUCUGAGAGCGGUAUAUGAUCGAAAUGGCGCCAAAAUGGUCGACAAAGAGGGAGGCGUCGGUGUGGAUGAUGCUGCGGGGUUCUUCGCGAACGUGUUCGGUGGGGAGCGGUUCAAGGACUACAUCGGCGAAAUAUCCUUGAUGAAGGAGAUGACCUCCGUCGCAACAACCAUGAUGACAGAAGAGGAGAAGGCGGACAUGGAGCGAGAGCUCAACGAAGGGCCGGGUGCGCCACCCGAACAGAGUCCCCAAUCCGCUCUCGAGCACUCUCCCAAACCCGCUGACACUGAAAUCAGCCCCCUCGCCACGCCGUCGUCAGAGCCGAGCGAAAGGGCGUCUCACACUGCGAGUAACGGCACUGCCUCCCCACCUCGCCCGGCCACGGCGGUGCCCGCCUCGGGCUCCAAGAGUGCAGCAUCCUUGUCGUCAGUCACCGCCAAGGACAAAGAGGGAUCCCCGUCGAGUCAGGCGCGCACACAGGACAAAGACACGAACGGGAAGAGGCGCUCGAAGUUGACACUGGAGCAGAAGAAGAAGCUGCAGGAGCUGGACGAGGAGCGGCGCAAGAACAUGGAGGAGCGCGUGCGCGUGCUGACGGAGAAGCUGAAAGAUCGGCUACGGCCGUUCGUGGAGGCGAAGCAUCCUGGGGACAAGGACGACCCGGAAACGAAGAAUUUUGAAACGAGGAUGCGACGAGAAGCAGACGAUCUGAAGCUGGAGAGUUUCGGCGUGGAGCUUCUGCACACAAUCGGCAACGUGUAUAUGAUGAAAGCGACGUCCUUCUUGAAAUCGAAGAAGUUCCUUGGGAUCCCUGGAUUCUUCUCGAGGCUGAAGGAGAAGGGCACCAUGGCGAAGGACGCCUGGGGUGUUAUUGGCAGUGCUCUUGGCGUGCAGCAAGUCAUUCAAGAAAUGGAGAAGCUGCAAGCAAAGGGCGAGAUCCCUGAGGACGAGCUUCGCGCGCUGGAGGAGGACGUCACAGGCAAGAUCAUGCUCGCGUCAUGGCGAGGCACGCGAUUUGAAGUUGUUCAGGUGCUUCGAGAAGUAGUGGAUAAUGUUUUGAAAGAUCCAGAGGCUUCAGAUCAAGUACUCUACAAUAGAGCCAAGGGCUUGCUUCUAAUGGGCGCAGUCUUCAAGUCAACUGAUCCUGACGAAUCAGACGAGGAACGGAGAGAACUCGAGCGAAUGGUCGCGGAGGCGGCUUCGGGCAAGUCGAAGCACCAUCAGCUGCGUGCGGCACGGGCAAAACGACAAACGCAUUCACAUGCCCCGAGCACUCUGUCCGCGCAGAAGGAGAAGGACGCAGGCGAUAGGAAGGCGUCGCCGGCGCAACCCUCCAGCUAGGCGACACUCUUGGAAUAUUCAGACCGCGCGUCUCGUCGCGUUCUUGACGAGUCAAUCGACGUAGAUACCUGUGUUAUUUUACUCAUUGACUAAUACGCGUUCGGUGUAACAGCCUCGGGGGGCAGGGGGAAGGGCUUGGUUACUGGCGGUGCGUUUGCUGUGAUCUGUGUUCAUUCAAGGGAUUAUUGGUUGCUCGUAGUAUUGUAGAUUCAUGGCACACUCCGUUGUGUCCUCCAUUUAUGCUAUAAGCCUCAUAUGCUUC